GAGAGGGGGGCGGGGGUGGGUGGGCAGGAGGAGCAGGGGAGGGGAUCGUCUGCUCGAAGCGAGAUCGAGCGCCAUGGGCCAGGACCAGACGAAGCAGGGCAUUGAGAAAGGGCUGCGUCUGUACCAGGCCAACGACACGGACCGGGCGCUGUCCGUGUGGCAGCGCGUCCUGGAGCGCGCGCACGAUGACCCCGUGUCUCGGUUCCGCGUGCUCGGCUGCCUCAUCACGGCGCACGCCGAGCUGGGCCGCUUCCGCGAGAUGCUGCGCUUCGCCGUGACGCAGAUCGACACCGCGAGGGACCUCGGCGAUCCGGACCUCUUGGCCGAGGCCUACCUCAACCUGGCGCGCGCCAACGAGAAGCUCUGCGACUUCCACAAGACGGUGUCGUACUGCCGGUGCAGCGUGGACAUGCAGGGCACCACGGUGGGCGCGGGCCUGAACGGCCAGGUGUACCUGAGCAUGGGGAACGCGCACCUGGGCCUCAGCUGCUUCCAGAAGGCGCUGGAGGCGCUGGAGCGCGCCCUGCGCUACGCGCACAACAACGACGACAAGAUGCUCGAGUGCCGCGUCUGCUGCAGCCUGGGGGGGCUCUACGCGCAGCUACAGGAUUUGGAGAAGGCGCUCUUCUUCCCGUGCAAGGCGGCGCAGCUCGUGAGCGACUACGGCUCCUCGUGGAGCCUCAAGUACCGCGCCAUGAGCCACUACCACGUGGCCGUCGCCUACCGCAAGUUGGGCCGCGUGGCCGAGGCCAUGGAGUGCUGCGAGGAAUCAAUGAAGAUCGCUUUGCAGCACGGGGACCGGCCUCUGCAGGCGCUCUGCCUCCUCUGCUUCGCUGACAUCCACCGCAACAAGGGGGACAUCGACAAGGCGCUCCCACGGUACGAGUCGUCUCUCAGCAUCAUGACCGAGAUCGGGAACCGCCUCGGUCACGUGGGCGUCCUCUUGGGCCUCGCCAAGUGCUGGAUCACGCGGAGCGACUCGGACAAGGCUCUGGAGGCGCUCAGCAAGGGUUACGAGAUCGCUGAUGCGGUGGGGAACAAGCUCUCCCUGCUCAAGGUGCACGCCCUGUCGGAGCGCAUCUACCGCACGCGGGGCGAGCAGCGCGCCUUGCGCGAGCACGUGGUCCGCUUUACGGAGUGCGUGGAGGAGCUGGAUCUCUACUGCGGCCUCUGCGGCGAGGCAUCGGGGAGCGCAACCUGCAGCUGACAGGCGCUGCCCUGCGCGCAUCUCCACCUCAAGGGCAUCCAGGGGAACGGCACUCGGGGCUGCCCCAACUGCCGGAGGAGCACCGUGAAGCCAGGGUUUGUCUGACGGAGGUGGAGGGGGUAGAAGCGGGGUGACGGUGACCCGGUGAGGUGUCGCUACGUCCCGGGUGAGAGGAGUCCAAGCCUCAAGUCGAUGCGUCUCUCUCGCACGUCUCCGCGCCCGUGUCACCACCAUGAUGUGCACGAAAUGGAAGUCCGAAUAACUUGUGAGUGCGCCUCCCCCACUCCCAUCUCCGCACGUGUCGAUGGGGGGCGGAGGAGGGGUAGGGGGCAGAGCGAUUCCUGAGUUGGGGGGGGUGU